UAAUAUUUGUGUGACAUAAUUUUUCUAAUGACACCGGUACAAAGUGACAAACUAUGAAUACGGGUAUGAUCUACUGUGUACUUGUUACACUUUGUUUUGUACAGUUAGUGACGGUAAUAAAUGGAACAAGUUGCCCAUGCAGUGAUCCCGGUCUUUGUAAGCCGAUACAGAAUACAUCACGUAAAGAGAUCUUUGUAUUUUCGCUGAGUAAUCACAGCGAGAUCUGGUCAAAAUAUGAUUGGUCAAAGAUAACCACUGUAGUAAUGACAGGAUACAUCAAUCUGGAUUUAAUGUGCCACGCUCACAAAAAUGGAGCCAGGGCCGUGAUUAUAGCUAACUACCCAAAAGCAAAUAUGACAAAUUCUACUGCUCGGGCAAUAUGGGUAGAAAAACAGUUACAAUUGGUCAAGAACAACUAUUUAGAUGGUAUCAACAUUGACUUCGAGGAUGCCAUACUAAAAAAUGAAACCGAUAUUCGUGAUGCUUACGUUAUGUUGGUUUUAGAAGUAUACUCAGCGUUUAAAAAACUUAGUCCAGUUUAUCAGGUAACAGUUGACGUUGCCUGGUCACCAGCUGGCGUAGAUGGUCGUUACUAUGACUAUGUCAAUAUUGGUUUAUUUGUUGAUUUCUUGUUUGUAAUGGCGUAUGAUGAGCAGAGUCAGAUACGUGGUCCUUGUAUUGCUGGGGCAAAUUCACCUGUAUACAAUGCUGUGAAAGGUAUAAAAGCUUACCAUCAGCUAGGAAUAUCACCUGACAAACUAGUAUUAGGUGUACCAUGGUAUGGAUACAUGUAUACAUGUCUCAAUCUAACUAAUGAUGACGUCUGCUUCAUAAAACAUGUGCCAUUCAGGGGAGUUAACUGUAGUGAUGCCGCCGGAACACAAAUAAAUUACUCCAGUAUGAAGAUUUAUCUACCUCAUUCACCUGACGGAGUCAAAUGGAAUAAUAUUACAGAAACACCUUAUUUCAACUUUAAAGUAUAUAAUUCAACAUACCAAGUCCAGUUUGAUAAUCCAGCCAGUCUUACGAUAAAAUUCCAAACAAUACAGAAUUUAGGAGUACGAGGUUUUGGUAUGUGGAAUGCGGAUGCAGUUAACUAUAUGGACAACUCUACAGUCGGAAUUAAAGAACGGACGGAAAUGUGGGGAGCUUUUCCGUAAUUUUGAUAUUUGAGAUAUUCGGAAAUGAAUAAAAAUUGUUAUAAUAUUAUGUUAAAUUUUCAUAUUAUAUUUUUUCACAAAUAAAAGUGUAAUAUUUUUCGUUA